AUGGAUGAGGGAGGAUUAGGGGGUGGGGUUAGGGGUUUGUGGGGUGGUGUGGGAGGGGAAGUGGUGUUGGUUGGGGUGAAAGGUAGGGGUGAUGGGGGGAUUGAUGAGGGGAGGGGGUUGGUAGAGGAUUAUGAUGGGGGGGGGGGUAUGGGGGGUAGAAAAGUUGGAGGAGAUAUUAUGGGGAUAGGGGGGGGGGGUAAAGUUGAGGGGAAAAGAUGUUUUGUGGGUUGGGGGGGGAUGAUGAUGAGGAAGAUUUUUGGGGAUGAGGGGGGGGGGGAUUUUGUGGAUUUAUGUGUAUUUGAUAAAUGUUUUUGGGGGGGGAAGUGUGUGGUUGUUGUUGGUUUGGGGUGGGGUGUUUUGGGUAAGUUUGGGGGUGUUUUGGGGGGUGGGGGGGGUUUUUGUAUUGGUGGUGGGAGUUGGUUGGGGGGUUGGGGGUUGUGGAGUGGGGGUGUGUGUUGA